AUGACUAGUAUGGAUUUCCCACCAGGCUACUUUUACAUUAAGUCUUCUGGUUCACCUUCGGGUGCUUCCACGUCUUCCCCUGCCUCCCAAAAUUUGGUAGUGGACGUUGAACGCGGUUUUUUUGUGUCUUGGGGUGCAAUUAAAGACGGCACAAAAACUGUUGUUGCUCUACAAAAAAAUGACGUUGACCACGACCCAUAUCAACUUUGGAAGUAUGAAGACGGUUGGCUCGUUAACAAACAAACUUCAUUAUGCUUAGAAGCUGAGAGUGGAAAAGUUGGUAACCGUCUCGUCCUUUACCAUCGAAAAAGUCCUAAUCAAGCUGCUAAUCAAAGAUGGAAAAUAAACAAGGAUGGACAUAUUGCCUUACAAAGUCAUUCAAAACACGUUAUCGACGUUAAAGGUUCCGUGAAAGAAGGUUCAUAUGUCGUGCUCGCUGACAAUGGUUCUAAAAGUUUUGUUAAGUCUAAUAAUGCUAAGUGGACAUUGAUAGCUUUAUCAAAGAAGAAAAGUCGUAGCGGAGGUGCUAUUGGUGUCAUUAGAUUGGAAUUGGUGGAAGCCAAGGAUCUUAAAAGUGUUGACUCUUUCCUUGCAGGAGGAAAAUCCGAUCCUUAUGUUCGAGUUUUUCACGAAGGUGGUAAAGAUAUUAUCGCUCAAACCAAAGUCAUCGAUAAUAAUUUGGAUCCUGUUUGGAAAGAAGUUCACUAUUUACCAGUUAAGAAUAUUGGUGAUAAAUUCGUCUUGGACGUGAUGGAUUUCAAUACUUUCACCAAAGACAAACCACUUGGUCAAUACGUUUUUGAAGUUACCAAAGAACUAGUUAAAGAAGUUGGAGAUGACGUAUAUGAAGGAACACCUGGUAUUGAUGUAUGGGCUAAACUUUCAAUCAAAGGACAAAUUCACUACAAAGCAAAAUUCUUCCCAUUAACUCCUUUGCCGGAACCAUCGACAGAUUUCCUUGCAAAUCUUAAAGAAAAACCCUUUGAUCGAUUAACACUUUUCACACUUAUCACAUUGCAGUCACCAGAUGGUAGCUUCCCUCCUUCCAACACCUUGGCUAAUUUGUUUGGUUAUGCCGAUUCGGAUACCAUGUUUAAAUUAUACAGAGCUAAUUGUCAUGAAGAGAGAGUCUUGAACAUUAAUAAAACAAUUUGGACCACUAGUAUGGUUUUAUGGUUUUUGAGAUAUUUAUUAAAAGACUUUCGAAGUGAAUGGAGCGGCGCUUAUGAACGUGCAGAACAAUAUAUCAGUAAAGAGAUUAGUGGUGACUUGGAAAUUGAAGAAAUUGUUAUUGCUUCUGGAAGAAAGGCCGUCCGUGAAAGAUUUGACAUAAAGACCAGUGAUCCACAAAAAACGGUUAUUACACGAGAAAGUAUCAAGUCAGCAGAUAUUCAUCGUAUAAUGAAAUUUCAACUUAAAACUAAUGGUGCAUUCCAAAUCAAUGAUGAUCUUGCGAAGUCACUUUCAUUUGAUAAUGCUGAUCAACUCCGAACAGCACUCACUGUACAUAUAAACAAACAUUCUAAAAACACUAAAAUCACGCAUCUUGGAACUCAAGUCUGGGUUAAUAUUCUUGUAUUGCAUUUCUUCCGUCUCGUCUGCGUGGAUCAUCAUUCUGAAUGGAAGGAUACUUAUUUAAGAUCUUACAGAUGGUUAUGGGGACAAUUCAAAAGCAGAGAAUUAAUUGAAACAGAAGCAUUUACCGUUGUCAGAUCAUACGUAAAAGAACGAUAUAGCGUCAAAGAAGAAGCCUAUGAAUUGGAUACUAAAUUUAUGGCAAUUAUUUCUGAAGAGAUCAAUUCCAUUAAGAAAGGAGGUUUCCGCGAGGUUAAAUUCGGGGGUGGAAUUGUUCCCGCCAAAAAACUUUACGGUAUUGCACGAAUUAACAUAAACAAAGCAAAGAAUCUCAUGCAAGCCGACUCUUGGUUUGGUGGUGGUGCCUCUGAUCCUUAUUUAAGAAUCACAAGUGUAUCUACUGGUUGGGAAUAUGGCGAAACUCGUAUUGUUUACAAUACCAUCAAUCCAGAAUGGGAGCAAGUGUUUUACAUUCCAAUUUAUGAUCUUAGUGAUAAAUUCAAGUUGCAAGUUUACGAUUAUAAUGCUUUCUUCAAGCAUGUACUUUUGGGAUAUUAUGUUCUCGAUCUCAAAGACUUUAUUAAGGUUUUGGGAAAUGGAACUAUUGAAGGAAAACAUUUAGAUCUUGAUUCCAAUUUGACACUAAAAGGAUCUAGUAAAGGAAAACUUCAAUUUACUGCCGAUUUCAAUUCCUUUUCCCAAGCCGAGACCGAAUCUAUUACAACCACCACUAUAUCGAAAACUACCAUUACAAUUCGUCACUUAUAUCUUUUGAUGACUUAUCAACGCCAAGAUGGUUGUUUCGAAAUAACUGACAAUGUUGCAAGCUUGUUUAACUUUUCUUCCAAGGAUGAGUUAUUACAAGCAUUUACCGCUCAUGUACAAAAGGAUGAUCAUGUGAAAGCUCUUCAUGUUGAUGUUUGGAGUUCUGCAUUAAUCACAGCAUUACUUAAAGCUUUAUUAUGGACUCAUCGACGAGAGUGGAAUACA